GCUAUCGCGUCACACCAAAAAAAUCGCGAAAAAUAAAUAUUUUCGCUGAGUUUUCCGUGAUUAGGAAAUUAACGCGAAAUCAUGGUGUCGAGAAGCCUCACUGAGGUUUUCGUGUUAAUGCGAAAUAAUGCAAUACACAGCAGACAGAUAUUUGCCGAGCAGCAAGGCAAUGAAUCGGAGCGCGUGCGUCUGAUGCGAGCGAGCUCCCGCGAUAUGGAAGCGGGCAUCGAGCUUCGAGCCGAUGGUUGCGCGCCGCCGCCCUGGACCGAUGCUUUGGAGGAGGCGCACUACGUCAUCACCAGGCUAAAGACAAAGCUGUCUGAGCUGCAAGCCCGCCACGAGCGCCAGAUCCGGCGGCCGGCGCUGGACGACGCGACCGAGCAGCAGCACAUCAGCCGCCUGACGUCAGAGAUCGCGCGCCACUUUGGGCACGCGCACACACACUUAGGGGCCAUCAAGGCACAGUGCAGGCAUGGUAACAAAACAGAACAGAUGCUUGCGACUAACGUCGUGACGGCGCUAGUGACGACCCUCCGUGACCUCAGCGAGGCCUUCCGCAACGCUCAGUCCAACUACCUCAAGUCCCUGACCUCCAGAGAAGAAAGGUCGAACGCCUACUUCGAUCUCCCAGACUUUGAAGAACUGAGCCUGAACGAUAACGACCUACUACCAGGACUAACGAAUAACCAAACAGAUUUACUAUUUUCUCUACCAAGCACGUCGGGCACACAAAAACAUUUUACGGACGAACCAAGCAACGGUGCAUUCCAGAAACAAACGCAAAAACAAAUGCUGCUUCUAGAAGAAGAAAACACAAGAAUGGCGGCAGAAAGAGAACAAGAAGUCAAUCAGAUAGUCCGGUCGAUAGUAGACCUUAACGACAUCUUCAAAGAUCUAAGCCACAUGAUCCACGAACAAGGAACCGUCUUAGACCGAAUAGAUUACAAUAUCGAACAAACCCAAGUACAAGUGCACGAAGGAUACAAACAGCUGCAGAAAGCUGAGAGAUACCAGAAGAAGAAUAGGAAAAUGCACUGUAUAUUAAUUCUAGCGGUCACAGUUAUAGUGAUGGUGAUAUUACUGAUAAUUGUUAAGAGCUAGUAAGACAAAGAGCUGGAUAAAAGAUGCCUUAUAUUACGUAGUCAUGCAGAACGACUAUGUCUUUGUCUGCAGCCAAAUUAGUGAAAGGUAAGAGUUGCUAGAAGCCUAUGGCUUUCUUCGGGGCUCGAUAUGAGAAUCCUGAGGCAUCCAUGGAAUUCUCGGGUGUCUCAAACUAAUACAGUGUUUCAUAUCAAUGUGUGGAAGCGAUUACCAAAGCACAUGCUUAAUAAAUUAAUUAAGAAUAUACUGGUAAGAGAGUGCGGUGCGUUUAAGCAAUUAGGCAGUGGUAAAUGGUUUAAGGUAAGGGAAAUCAAUGGUUUUAAAUUCUAAGCACUACUGCCUACCUCGAUUGAAAGUAAUGCCCGCCGCUGUCCACAGUCAUUUAUAGUAUUGUCACAUUUAGUGAGAAAACUUUAAGAAAAUUUAGUUUGAAUAUUUUUUUCUAAAACAAAAAAAAGUGUCAAACACACACUAUGUACCUAUGUCUCUACUAUUGAUUGUACAUAAUGUGUUUUAUGAAAAUAUUUAUACACAGGUAAAAGUACAGAACAUUACAGUAAACAAGGUCCUGUAUCUAGCAACUUUACCACAAUGUCUAAAAUUACUAAACCAUUAUUGAAAUCAAAUCAUUCCUAUAGAAUAUUUUGAAAUCGGUCUUAAAUGAAUUUGUUAUUUAUAAAUGUCGAGAGAAUGUAUUAAAUUAUGCUUAUUUAUUUGUAGAAGUUAAGUUAGUGCUGGAAAAUUCUUAUUUCAGUGUACAAAAGACAUUAAAUUGAUGAAAUUUUGUUGUAUGUAGUGAACUGUGUGUUGGUCGAAUGCGAAAGGUAUCAAAAUGAACUCAAUGAUUAUUACACAACGAAGAUCAAUACUUGAUUCAAUUUCAAGCAUAGAUUGUGGCUUUUGAACCGACUUCAACAAAAGGAGGAGGUUCUCAAUUCGGUUGGUAUCUUUUUUUUUUUUUUGAUUGGUUAAAUUUCAAUAUUAUUAAUUUAGGUUCAUUACAACACAUAAAUUGUAAUCUUAAUAUGACUAAAAUUGAGUUGAGUUUUGGUCUUGUAAUACGAACCUAAGAAAUCGUAGCUAGCAGUCAGUAAUAUGUGUGCUUAAAAGGUAUUGUUUUAGUUUAUAUAGUGUACUUAAAUGCCCAAAAGUGAUCGCCCUUUUUACCCGACUGCGCCAGAAAAAGGGUUAAGUUUAAAAAAAUAAACGGACAGACGGAACCAGAUUUGUACUAUACUUUCAUUCCACAAAAAAAUCUAGGUCUAUUGUGCCUAGGACUGGACUGGAUGAAUGGUCUUUUGUGGAUGUGUAUUAUUAUUUUAUUACUUCGAAUGUCGCCACCACUGCACAUGAUCUAGUCUGCUGUGUUAGGUGUAUUUAUUGUAAAAAUAAGUUAUGUUAUAGGGUAUUAAUUAAUUUAUAUUUGCGUGUGCAUAUAUUGGAUUGGAUUGUAAGAAAUACAGUCGAUAGAGUGUAUGAAUAUAAAAAAAUAUUCUGAUUGCAUGAAAUUGGUGUUAUCUAAAUAUUGCAUAUCGUCAGCCUAUUAAACAUGCAAGCAUAGGUACACUUUUCCCAGGCGAGUACAAAAAUGGAAUGAUAUUGCACCAUUGACCAAAAAUACACAAAAUAGAAAGUUAUUUAAUUAAUGUACCUACUUUGUGAUGAGUGUGCCAAUGUCUGAUAUUGCAACAUGAGUUCUAAUCUUGUUUUAAUUAAUUGAUACAUUUUAUCCCCCUACCUCAUCUAAAUUCAUUCACCAUAAAAAAUAACACUUCAAAUAAAUAAAUGAUAUGCUUUUUCAAAAAGUUGUAAAUGUGAGUUGGGACACUAUUGCUUGACCAUUCCUAAUCUUUAUUUCGCUGUUCUUUUUAAUUAUUAUUGAAACAUGAAGUUCAAUAUUACUUCCAUAUAAAUAUAAUAAAUGUUAAAAGUUGUUGUACUAUGUAAGUGCUAUAAUUUAAAUAAAGUUGUUAAUUUAUUAUUAUUAAUGACAUCAUGAGAAUAAAAAAUAUGUACAUUGAAA